CACUAAACACUGAGAGCAGUCAGCAGCAGCAGUCUUUAUCAAACUAGUCUUCAUUCAAUUCAUUACUCGGGUCAGAUUCGGGUCACCACGACCCGCUUUAUAACUCACCUUACCCACUCCCUGACACAGUAUUUAGAAUCAUCAUCAUAAAUUGAAAAACGAAAAGAGUUUACGAGUUACGACCAUGACGGUGACGGUGGCAAUGACGACGGAAGAAGACGAAGACGCUGAAAUAGAGCACGUUUACGUUGCUCAUGAAAUUGAUCUCGAUUACGAAUUCGACGCAGCUCGUUUCUUCGAUUUCAAUCGGCCAGAAACUCCCGUUGAAGCUCAUCAAGCUGAACUUUGGUUUCAAAAUGCCCCAAACUACCCUCCUUCUCCUUUUGUGGCGAAGUUAGCGGUGAGAGAGGAAUUUGACUUGGGUGAUGUUAACGACUCAAGGAAAUCUAGGAAUGUUGAUUGUAUGAGUACUGUGGAUGAUAAAGGACUUGGUCCUACUGUUCCUUCUGAGAUUGAAAUUUCCGACAUUGUUAAUGGACAUACCUCUGGCAACAAAGCAACCGGUAAUAGUUUGAAUUCUAAUUUUAAACCAGCUAUGCUGAAGAGUUCAACAUUAAUGAAACCUACAGCUACUCAAUUGGCUAGGAAAAAUCGUCCAGCUAAAAAUGUUGCUUCAAGAUAUCGAAAGCUACUAACUCAGAAUGAAAUGAAUUUAUCUAUCUCCUCUGGAGUAGAAAAUCAAUCUGCCAAACGGCAAAAAUUAGAGGGUGGUCAUUUGUGCAAGGUUACUGAUGUGAAGCAGCAAACUGAUUUUGUGCACAAGACACCUAUGAGGCGUGUCACUGUUGAACAAAACUCUGCUUGUUCCAAGCUGAAACUUACUAUUCCCAGAGAGCCUGACCUUAAAACAGCACACAGAGCACAAAGGAUAAGACCCAAAAUUGAAGAGGCAGAGCACACGACCGUGGCUGCCCCCAGGUUCAAAGCGCGUCCAUUAAAUAGAAGGAUUCUCGAUGCUCCUUCGUUGCCGCUUCUCAAAAGGAGCACUCCUCGCUUGCCAGAAUUUCAAGAGUUUCACUUGAAGACUUUGGAGAGAGCCAUGCAACACACAUCUGCUACCACAUCUUCACUUCACUGCAAUGAUUCUGAUAAGGGUUGGGACAAGCAUACUUCUGUUUCUGCUCUUGAACAUAGAAUGAAGGAUGCCAGAAGGCCCACUUCCAUGGGUGCCCCAAAACAUGAUGCAUUGGGUUUUACUCGUAUUUUUAAAGCUCAGCCUCUUGAUAAGAUACUAUCUAGUAAAGAGCAGGCUGGUGUUGUACAGACCAACAAGGAGGAAACAACAGUGCCAAUGGAAUUUGAUUUACACACUGAACAGGGGAUUCAGCAUAACCCUCCUAUUGAAUUAUUUAGCAAGUUGACUCUGACAUCUGAAGGCCAACCUAAUAAUGGAUCUCAUUUCCAACUGCCUCAACAAUCCAGGAUUUGCAGAAAGGGCAAGGAUUCAAAAGAAAAUAUAUUAAAUUCUUUUCGUCCGAACCAAGAGGAGAAGGCUUUUACUUUCGGGGCAAAGAAAAUUCAUCAUGGGAAUGAUGGUUGCCAUAGUCUGUUAAGUGCAAGGAGGAGCUUGGGAAUUCGGUGAGAGUAAGGGGGAAAUGUGCAACCAGGUUUUUUAUGGGCAUCUGACUUCAAGUUUCGCUGCUGAUGUAUGUGAAGAUUGACGGUACAUAGUUGAAUCUGACAGACGGCCAACUCUUUUCUGAUGGGAGAUGGUUCUUACUGUAAAAAGAAUCUUAGAAAGUUUUAGAAAUUAACAUGUCCAGGUGCAUAGCUUGUGUUUACUAAUCAUGAUCAUAGAUUCAUAAUCAUUAAUUGAAAAAGUAAAUCAUUACAGGCAAGAGUUGCAUUGUCUUUAA